GGCCGAGGAAUUCAAACCCCUCCCCUGCCCUGCCUUCCCCGCCUCGCUCCGUCCGGCACUUCUGCCCAGGACCGAGCGAAGCGAAGGUACAAAGCCCAGGCAGGCGCGCCAUCGGGGCUUCCUCCUCGACGGGACGGCUUCCUUGUGUGACGGGGGUCCUGCCUGCCCUACAUCCGUCCCGGCGCCGGCUUUGAAACGGGGCUAGCGAGCGAGUACUUUCCGCGGAGCCGGGCGCCGCUUCGCCUGGAAGCUUCGAGGGGAGGGACCGGACGGGACUGGAUAAGGAAGCUGAUCGCGGCGCAGAUCCGCUUGGAGAGCCUCGGACGGUGUUGCCUUUGGAGAAGAGCAGGCGAGACGCCAGGGUGGGGACGGGGGACGACCACCAUUGCUUACAUCGGAUCGCGUUGGCGGGUUCGACGGGGGGCCCCUUAACGAGUUCCCCGCCCGCUUGGGAGGAAACCGGCCGUAGGGAGCGGCCCCCUGUUCUCUGCGGGAGAGGCUAGACGGGGCGGUCUUCCGACCCCUGGUGUGGGCGAUGGAGAGCCUCUGACCCCUGAUUCGUUGAGAGGAGUCUAUAAACUCAAAAGGGCUGGCUCCUGCUUCCUUGACGGGAGGGGGUUUUGGCAGGCAGGAGUGUUCACCCCACUUCCCUGCUAAACGCCCCUGUGGCUCCCUAGAUGGUCUCCUUCCUGUGGGAAGUGGCGAGGAAGGCAAUGUUAGUGACCUAGAUGUGGGGGGCCCUGGACCAAUGAGGCCCAGAGUACCCCAAGGAGCCCCUGGGAAGCAUGUUCCGGAAGGCCCCACUAGUGGCCUGGGCGCCAGGUUCGCGGAGCGGGGGUACCACGGCCUACGCCAACCCUGUCUGGACGGCGUUAUUUGACUACGAGGCCGCCAGCAGCGAUGAGUUGACCCUGCGGAAAGGCGACUUGGUGGAGGUGCUCUCGUGGGACGCCGCCAUCUCUGGGGACGAAGGCUGGUGGGCCGGCAAAGUGAACGACCAAGUGGGCAUCUUCCCUUCCAAUUAUGUGUCGCCCAAGACGGGGGGCUACGCGGGCCCCGGGAGCCCCCCUGAGGCCGACUUCCGGGACCUGAGGCUGGAGGAAGUGAUUGGGGUUGGUGGCUUCGGGAAGGUGUACCGCGGCAGCUGGAAGGGGGAGUUGGUGGCGGUCAAGGCGGCCCGCCAAGAUCCGGACGAGGACAUCAGCACCACGUCGGAGAGAGUACGGCAAGAGGCCCGGCUCUUUGCCAUGCUGCAGCACCCCAACAUCAUCGCCCUCAAAGCCGUCUGCCUCCGCGAGCCCAACUUGUGCCUGGUGAUGGAAUAUGCAGCCGGGGGUCCCCUCAGCCGCAUGCUUGCUGGCCGCAGGAUCCCACCCCACAUCCUCAUCAACUGGGCCGUGCAAAUCGCUCAUGGGAUGCAGUACCUGCACUGCGAAGCCAUCGUGCCGGUCAUCCAUCGUGACCUGAAAUCCAACAACAUCCUGCUGGCGGAAUACGUGGACGAUGGAGAUGUGAGUGGGAAGACACUGAAGAUCACUGAUUUUGGGCUGGCCCGCGAGUGGCACAAGACGACCAAAAUGAGUGCGGCGGGCACCUACGCCUGGAUGGCACCAGAGGUCAUCAAAAGCUCCACCUUCUCCCGGGGCAGUGAUGUCUGGAGCUAUGGGGUACUCCUUUGGGAGCUUCUCACUGGCGAAGUUCCGUACCGGGGCAUUGAUGGCCUUGCCGUGGCCUAUGGGGUCGCUGUGAACAAGCUAACACUUCCUAUCCCGUCCACUUGCCCAGAACCCUUUGCUCGUCUCAUGGCAGAGUGCUGGGAGCAGGACCCCCACCGGCGCCCCACUUUUGCAUCCAUCCUGUCCCAACUGACGGUGCUGGAGACCCAAGUCCUCCAUGAUAUGCCCCAGGAGUCCUUCCACUCCAUGCAGGACGAUUGGAAAGUCGAGAUCCAGGACAUGUUUGAUGAGCUGCGUGCCAAGGAAAAGGAACUGCUGAGCCGCGAGGAGGAGCUGAAGCAGGCAGCCCUGAAGCAGAAGUCCCAGGAGGAGUUCCUGCGUCAGAGGGAGCACGAGCUGGCGCAGUGGGAGCUGGAAGUCUUCGAGCGGGAGCUGAGCCUCCUCAUUCAGCAGAUGAACCGGGAGCGUCCCUACGUCAAGAAGCGGAAGGGGACCUUCAAGAGGAACAAGCUGAAAGGGAGGGACAGCGAGCACAUCAGCAUGCCACUUGAUUUUAAGCAUCGCAUCACAGUAAUGGCUUCUCCUGGAUUGGAUAAAAGGAAGGACUGCCUGGAGAUGGGGGCAGGUGGCUCCCCUCCCUUCCAACGAUUCCGAGCUAUCCGAUUGGAGCCAAGUGAAAAUGAUCGAAAUUGGGGUCGGCAGUCGCCGCGUCGAGGGGACGAGAUUUGCAACGGCCGUACCAAGAGCUCCAGUUCCCCCAAACCAUGUGAGAGCAGUACGCAGAAUGGCAGGAGAAGGUCGCGGCUAGAAGAAACGACGUGGUACAUGGAGCCAGAGGUGCUGCCCGUUCCUGAACAGACCCAGCCCAGCCCAAAUGGCAGUGUCCCAGUCGACUCCCCUGAAAACCGAAGAACCCCAGUCCCAGAACGCCCCAGUGCCCCCCGACUCAUCACAGCGGGCCCUGCUUCGGGGAACAGCCUUGCUUGCUUCUCUCGGGUUGGGCCGAGAGCUUCCGUCCGCCCUCCAGGAGCCCCCGCCACCCUCCCCUCCGCAAGAGUCCACCCCCACCGUCCAGGUGGAGCUGUGCAAGGAGGAACCUCCUACAGAUCUCCUCGUCGAUGUGGCCUCUGGGGGCAACAGGGGGGCCUUGCCUCCUCUCUGGAGCCAGAUGUCACCCAAGAUCCCGAGACUUGUGGAAGGCCGCGGCAACAAAACCCAGAAAUGGGAUGGUGCUCUCCCUUCUCCUUCCUCCCCCCGCAGCCCCCGUUCCCCCCGCCCCUCCCCACACGCCAGCCUCAUCUCCAGGCCCCGCCCUUCUCCUGUCCGCAGCCGCAUCGACCCCUGGAGCUUUGUGUCUUCCGGGGCCCGCUCCUCCCCAGUCCAGUCCCCUCGCCUGGGGCCGCGCCAGUUCAAGCCACUGGGUCCUGAAAGGACCAAUCCUUUUGCGGCUCCCGAUCCCUUUGCCUGUGGGGACUUCUCAGCCCCGAUGGAGCCAACAGCGCCAGCCACCCCCGACCCCUUCCUCGUCGCGUCCAGAUUGGCUCCGGCGGGGCGGCUCAGCCCUUCUCCGUUGCCGCGCCAGACCCCCGGCCGCUCCCACCCGAAGAGGAGCUGCCGUGGUGGACAGCAGCUGCAU